ACCACAAAGCAGUUGCAUUUCUAAAGUACUAUCCGUCUGCUCAAUCCACUUCACACAAUGUCGAGUAUCAAUUUGGCAGUACUGCUGGUGCUUGGGCUGCUGUUGGUUACGGCACAGCAGUCCAUGCAGAUGAGUUUGAGAAACCCUACAGCUGAGAUUGAGACAAGCAAUUGCAAAAUUGCAUUCCUUCGCUUAGGCCUUGUUUUUACUUCUGAUAACAACGAAAAGGCUCUUCUAGACUCUGGUCUUUAUGAGCCUGACAAUGAAAAUCCUUCUGUUGACAUUGCCGGAAGAAGGUUCCAUAUUGGAACACUUAACAAUAGCCUUAUUACAUAUGUUAAGACCGGGAGUCACUCAGUAAAUGUGGCUACAGCUGUGCAAAUUCUCUUGCUUAGAUUUCGUACUUCCGGAAUCAUCUUCUUUGGAAGUUCUGGAAGCCUUGAUGAGAAGAUGUUGGUGCCAGGUGAUGUUGCUGUGCCGAAGGCUGUUGCCUUCACAGGAGUUUGGGAUUGGAAGAAAUUCCGAUCAGAGGAAGGUAAACUGGUAUUUGGAGAUUUCAAUUAUCCAGAGAAUGGAGAGAACCUGUUGGGGACUGUAGAGUAUGAGACAAUUAACAUGUUCUCUCCAAGUGAAGCACCAAAGAAAGUUUUCUGGCUUCCCAUCACCACAUCCUGGUAUAAUGCUGCCACGAAAGCGCUCAAGGAUUUGGAGUUAAGACAAUGCCAUUCUGGUAAAUGCCUGCCCGGAAAACCCAAAGUUGUCUUUGGAUCGAAGGGUUCUACUUCUGAUUUUUACGUUCGAAAUAAAGCAUACGGAGACUUCCUUAACGAUAAUUUUAAUGCAACAACUGCCGAUACAGCAAGUGCUUCUGUAGCUUUGACAUCUUUGUCAAAUGAAAAGCUCUUCGUGGUGUUCCAAGGUGUUUCAAAUGUAGCUGGUAAAACAAGUUCAGACUCAGGAGUUAGCUACUUAGCCUCCUACAACGCCUUCCUUGCUGCCACCAAGUUCAUUAAUUCAAUUCCUACGCCACGACUUGCUUGUGAGUGAUGAGAAGAUGAAUCUCCUCGAUCGUGAGUCUUUUGAGUUGUAUGAUAAUAAAGGAUGCCCUAAUAUUGUACUAGAAUAAAUUAUAUGUUAUAAAUGGCCUCCUAAUUUAAAUAAACUGGAGUGUAUAUCAUCCACAUGUAUGUACGUUCCUUUUUUGAUGAAAUAUAUGGGCGUACUUAUGCUUGCA